UAACCUGGAGCCGUAGCUGGUACACAAGUCACCGGAUCGCCAGUUUUUUUUUUAAUCAAGCAGACAUCAGAUUUCUCCUGGUUAAGAAUCCUCUCAAGUUACCGCUGAAAUGUUGAAAAUCGAGAUGUUGCGGCUUCUGAUCAACCAGCGGCUUACCGCGGCUGCAGAGGAGAUUUUCGAUGUGUUUGGGAGAACCAUAGUGGAAUAUGAGAAGGAGAUCUCCCGCUCCAAGCUGGAGAUUGACCGCCAGCGCCGGCUGCUGGAGCUCUCCCGCAAGCCGCGGAUCUCCCUGCAGGCCGACAGCUCAGCCGCCUCGGAGAAGCCGGACUGGAGCUCCAACGUAGAGUUCAACAAAGAGGAACCGCCGAGUCACAUCAAAGAGGAGGAUGUGUGGUCAGACCCACCGGGCGAGAAAAAUGUGGGUUUCCUGUUCCAGAACAACUCGGCAAGAACGCAACAGGACAACGAUUCCACCGGGUCUCUGGGCUCAAAGUUCUGCCAGGACCUGAACGACCCGGACAUCGAUCUGCAACCUGGAACCUCAGCCCAACAGACCUGCUCUGAGCUCAACGACGAUCAACCCGUUGCUGUAGGCAACAGCCAGCAUGACUGCGUUGACAUGACCCUCCCUAAAGUAGUGGACUCCUACAUCUGCACCAUCUGCGGCCAAGCGUUUUACCAGCGCAGUCAGUGGGCCAAACACACCCGGAUUCACCGAAAAGUUGACGACAAAGGCGACAAAUCGUUCACGUGCGACAUUUGCGGGAAGAGACUGACGCGGUCGGACGGCUACCAGAAACACCUGCGGGUCCAUACGGGCGAGAAGCCGUACAGCUGCCACGUGUGCGGCCGCAGCUUCAGCGACAACUCCAACUUCAAGCGGCACAUCCGCAGUCACAUGAAGGAGAAAGUCCCAGCAGAGCUCAGGCUGAGCGAGGCAGUGGUUGCAGCAACCACUGAACGGACGCACAAAAGUACAUGAGUAUUUCUCCAACUGUCCAUUUUUUAAUAAAGUCUGUUCUUGAACAUUAGAAUGGAUUAUGUACCUUUUAGCUGCCAUUGUUUUUAGUGAUGUGCUGCACAAUGGUAGCAUUGCUUCCUUGCAGGAAGAAUGUUUGAAUCCCAGCCUGGGUUUGCCUUCCACAUGCAAGACUGUUCGAUUGACUGCUCUUUACAAAUUGUGUGUGUGUGUGUGUGUGUGUGUGUGCGCGUGUGUGUGUGUGUGUGCGUGCGUGUGUGUGUGUGUGAUGUCCAGGGUGCAACCCGCCUACCGUCCAAUGACUACUGGAGAUGGGAAGCAGCCCAGCCUCAGUCAGACUUUUGUAAGCUAAUUAUAGUUUUGUAAAGUUCUAACCUGCUGAAAUUCUUCCCCCAACUGCAUCAUGUUUCAUUCAAAAUCUAAUUUCUUUAUUUGGGACUGAAUUGUUUAUUUUUUAUAAGCAUUUCUGCCUUAAAUCUGUCUUUGGAAAAUUGGACAGGAAAUUUGGAAAAAGACAUAUCGUCCAGAUGUUUGUUUUUGCACUAAUAAAACGGAACUGAAAAUGAACUUUUGUCAGAUAUUUUUAGCUUUUUUUUUUUCAUCCUUUCUUCUGCAAAAGAGACAUAAAUGUGCACUAUUACACUGGAUGGUUCAGUUUCUACAAGAUAAUGAGUUACAAUAAGUUCAAGUGUCUGAAUUAAUAUUUGUGAAGAUAAAGUUAUAGGUGUGAGUUUAUGGGUGGAGCUGCAUGUCAGCAAGAUCACACUAAUCACAGUGAGGGGGGAAAGAAACCUUAUAGAUAUGUGAAUCACAGGGAAUUUAAAAAUAGGGACAUUUUACUUUGACUUCUUUAAUUGCAUAACAGGUUUACACGAAUUAUUUCAAAAGUGUACAUGUUUAAAUGCUGUGUUUUUGUGACCAAAAUAAAUAUUUCAAACCUUU